CUAUAUGUGUAUGUAAGUGUAUGUAAGUGGUGGACGCAUCCAAGCCUUGGAUUUUCCAUUAAAACACAAAGCCGGCCGAGAACAAAUAAAUACACACACAAUUAGUUUUGUUAUUUUUUCUGCUAAAAUCAUUAUUAUUGUGUUGAUCAACAUUAAGUAUAAGCUUGAAAAAAAAAAGAAAAAAAAAAAAGAGUAUCCUAUAUAAAAAAAAAACAGAAUACGCGCAGCCGUCAUUCCAGUUUUAGUUGGUGUGUAUGUUUGUGAUGCAUUAAAGUGUGUUGAGGUGUCUGUGUCCCAUGUUGAUGGUUGGUCCUUGAUAUAUAUGUUUAAUACACAUAUAUAUGAGGGAAAGUGAGCAACAAACAAAGACACACAAUGACACCAACAGAUAAUAAUUUUCAAAAUAUAUUAAAAUAUAAAAUAAUUGAUGAUUCAAGUGAUGGACAUUUUCAAGAUGUUGAAAGAAAUAAAAAAGUAUUUUCUGAUGCUGUACAUUAUUCUGUUGAUUUAUUACGUAAAAAUGAUUGUAUAAAUGAUACAAGUGAUACAAUUUAUCAAGAAUCAGUUGGUCUUGGUCAAAAAUUUUAUGAAGUAUUACUUAAAACACGUCAAAAAUAUAUGUUAAAAAAAUUAAAUCAAACAUGGAAUAUUGAACAAGGUAAUAAUUUAACAUCAGAAUUAGUUAAAAAUGAACCCAGUGAUUAUAGAAAUAGAAAUACUCAGGCAUAUGCUGUUGAUUAUUCAGAGUACCAAGCAUCAAUGAGACGACAAAUAUAUCCAAAUUCAGUACAACUACCAAAUUCAGUAUUUGGUAAUGGUAAUUUUGAUACAGCUGAUAGAUUUACAAUUGACAGUGAUGAUGAUGAUGAUGAUAGAUUUAAUAAACAAUUUGGAUAUACAAGUAAAAGUUUAAAAUAUGAAUUUGUUCCAUAUGAAGAAAAAUUAAGAAUAAUAAAUAUGGCUAGAGAUAAUCCAGAUUGGACAAUGAAAACAUUACGUGAACGUAGUGGUUGUAAACAUGUCAUGAAUAGAGAUCAAUUACAACGUUGGGAAGAACAACUUGAAAUUGGAGGUACAGUAAAAUGCACUAGAGAAGAUAGAAGAAAAGCAAUAAAUUCAUGGGUUUAUGCAAAAUGUAUUGAUUAUAAAAAUAGAAAUAAAAAAAUAAACAAUCAAUUAUUAAAAAAAUGGGCACUUGAAGCAGCAAGUGUUUGUUUACCACCUAAAAAUAAUCCUAACAAUGAAUUUCGUGCAUCAUCAUGGUGGAUGCUUAAUUUUAAAAAUUUACAUGGUAUAACUGGUCCCUCAUCUGAUUUACAAAUUAAUGUUCAACCAGAUCCAAGAUACAUUAAUGGUAUUGGUCCAAGUGGAGAGCCAUCAUUUCAUAUGCCUGUUCAUAAUCCAUCACAAGAUUAUUUAAAUAUUGAUGUUGAAACAUUGGAAAAAAAUGAAAUUCAAUUAAUGUCUAAUUCAUCUGGACAUACAAGUGGUUUUUUUGAUCCAAGUAUAUCUGGUUUAAUUAAAAGACAUGAAAAAGGUGUUACAUUUGAGGAAAAAUUACGUGUUGUUAAUUUAUCAAGAGCAAAUCCAACAUGGAGUGUUAAAAUGCUGAGAGAACAAUCUGGAUGUAAACAAUUAACACAAAUUGAAUUACUUAGAAGAUGGGAAAAACAGGUGACAAGUGGUGGUUCAUCAGCAGAUAAAAUUAAAAAAAUUAAUCAAUGGGUUUUUCAAAGAUGCAUUGAGUAUCAAAAAAAAAAUUAUACUGUUACAAAUAAGACAAUAACCAGCUGGGCAUUUGAUGCUAAAAGAGAAUUAAUGAUGCAAAAUACAACAUUUACACCAAGUGCUGGUUGGCUUGAACGUUUUAAAAAUAAAUACAAUAUUGUUGGUAAUCCAUUUGAUUUAAAAAUUAAGGAUUAAGUCGACGUAUAUUGAUAGUUUCUUCUUUUUUUUUUUUUCUUUUUUCUAUUACAAUCAAUCAUACUAUACUUUACGUACUAAUUUACAUUAUCAUUAUUUUAAAAAUACAUGAUAACCAUGAUAUAAAAACAUUUGUGA